UAGCAGGUGCGCAGUUUCACGGCUGUGGAGUGUAGAUAAUGGAUGUAUUAUCUAUAAACGUAAGCACUGCGCAGUAGUUGUACGCCAGUCGCCAGUACACCGAACAACUGCUGUAUUACACUAUUGCGUUUGUACGUUGGUUGGUUGAUUCUGAACUGUGGUGAUUACGAUUACACGAUUUAUGGGCUUGGUUGACUGUGCGUGUGAAGAAUAUAAUACAUUGUUGUCCCUGAUACAAACGGUAUAAAUAUGAACGAAAAAGGAAUUAUCAGUUUGAGUUUUAACCAGGACCGUACUUGUUUUGUCUGCUGCACUGAAACUGGUGUUAGAAUGUACAAUGUUGAACCCUUAUCCCCAAGAGAAAGAUUUGAUUUAGGCGGUGUAUCAAAAUGUGAAAUGCUGAAUCGAACCAAUAUCUUUGCAAUAAUUGCUGGUGGAAAAUAUCCAAAAUACAGUCAGAAUACUGUACUUAUCUAUGAUGCUCUCUUGCAAAAAUUUGUGAUGGAAAUUAUUUGUGAUUCCAAUGUAAAAUCUGUGCGAUUGAGGAGAAACAAAAUAAUAGUUGUAACCACGGAUAAGAUAUCCGUUUUUACAUUUCCUGUAGCCACUAGGCACAUAAUUAAUUUGGAAACCCGUCCAAAUCCAAUGGGAUUGUGUGAAAUCACACCUUUAGAAACUUCUACAAAACAAAUCAUAGCAUAUCCUGGGAAUAAAAUUGGAAGUGUUCAUAUUAUGGAUGUUUCAAAUUUGGAAGCAACAAGUUCUAGUGCCCCAGCAAUACUCAAUGCUCAUCAGGGAGAGAUUUCUUGCUUAGCUAUUAAUCCACUUGGUACACUUAUAGCUAGUGCAAGUUCUAAAGGAACCUUAAUCAGAAUUUGGGAUACUUGUCAUAAAGUCAAAGUUGCUGAACUAAGACGUGGGUCAGAUACAGCAACAUUAUACUGUAUAAACUUCAGUCCAAAUUCAGAAUUUCUAUGCUGCUCAAGUGACAAGGGCACAAUUCAUAUAUUUGCAGUGAUAGAAUCUGAUUUAAAUCGCCGAUCCAGUCUAUCACCAUUCAGUUUUUUCAGUUCCUACUGUCAAUCACAGUGGGCUUUAGCCACUUAUACGGUACCCCCAGAAGUGGGCUGUAUUUGCACUUUUUUGACUCAAGAUACUGUUGCUGCUAUCUGCCUUGAUGGUACUUAUCAUAAGUUUGCAUUUUCCAAAGAUGGAACUAGCAGACGUAGAUCAUUCCAAAUAUAUUUACACAAUUGUGAAGAUGAAGAAAUUUAAGCUUAUUUUUUGACCCAGACUUUUCCAUAAUAUUUAUUGUAAAUUAGUCCUAAUUAAUUUUAAAAUAAAUUUAUGUGACAAUCUUGUAAAAAUAAAGACUAUAUUAUAUGU